AAUUCCAGCGCCAGCAGAAGCUGCGCCCUGAUAACCCCGCGGGUCCCCGGGAGCAUCCGGCACGGCAGGAAGGAGCCCGACAGGAGGAAAUAUUAAAUCCAGGGAUAUAAACACCGCGGCGGGAGCAGCCCCGCCCCGGCGCGGGCCCCCUGAAAAGCGGGGUCCCCGCGGGGUGGAGCGGCCAGAGCUCGGGGCCACGAUGGAGAAGAGCAGCUUCGCCAUGGCCAAAUUCGGCCUGGAGCCCAAGCAGGCGAUGCCCAAGCGCGACUGCGGCUUUUACGUCAAGUACAUUUUCCUUUUCACCUCGCUGAUCCAGUUCCUGAUCAUCCUGGGGCUGGUGCUGUUCAUGGUGUACGGGAACGCGCAGGCCGGCACCGACACGCACCUGCGGGAGCAGGAGGAGCAGGUGCAGAGCCACUACCGCAGGAUCGUCGCCCUGAGCGCCACCAACGCCAACCUCAGCCGCGCGCUCAACGCCACCCUCAAGGACAGGGACAAGCUGCAGGGGCUGGCGCUGAAGGUGCAGAGGGAGCUGGAGAAGUGCAACAGCAGCCAGGCCGCCGGCAGCGUCCCGCAGCUGCAGGAGCUGGUGUACCAGCAGGUGAGGUUGGCCAGGUGCCACAUGACCGCCACCCUCAUCAACACCACCUGCAGCGCCGAGAAGCUGCAGCUGCAGCGGCAGCUGGACCAGGCCGGCUCCUCCAAGAAAACCCUGGAGGAGAGCUGGCGGCAGUGCCAGGCCGAGCUGGCCAAAGCCACCCAGGAGAGGGACAGGUGCCAGCAGGACCUGCGCAGCGCCAGGACCGAGGGCGACUUCAGCAGGACCGAGCUGCAGCUGCAGAGACACGAGUGCCGCUCGCUCCAGAGCGACAUGAGCGACAAAUUCCCGAGGGUCUCGGAGCUGGUGAAGCAAUUCCGCUGUGGAGAAGCCGAGACGGAGCUGAGGCAGAUCCGGGAUCGGGCGGAGGGGCUUUUCCGGCGGCAGCAGGAGAGGGAUUCCCAAUUUAUCUGGAGGAAUAGCUGCGAGCUGAGCGUGCAGCAGUGCCGCCUGAACUGCUCCCGGGAAAUGCAGGAGCUGGAGAAGAGGAUCCAGGGCCUGGAGAAGCGGGAGAAGGACGCGGUGGAGGAGAGGAAGAGGCUGGAGGCGGAGAAGGAGAAGGUGGGGAAGGAGCUGGAGGAGAAGAGGAGAGCGGCGGCGGCGCAGGCGGAGGCGCUGAGGGAGCAGCUCGGGUUCUGCAUGGGAGCCAAGGACCUGCCGGGCUUGCGGGCGCCGGGCAGCGCCGGCCGCUCGGGCUCCUACAUGGAACUGCUGAGGAACCCGGCCACGCUGGGAGCCCUGGGAAAGUGGAACCUGGAGGAGCUCCAGCAGAUGCUGCAGCUGAUGGAGCAGUUCACGGCCACCCUGAAGAACCCCAGCGGAUAACGCUGGAAAAACCCUCGGGAAGAGCCGGAGCCGCCCGGGAGGUGCUUCCCGCAGCACGGAUGGCAAACCCCGCCCCAGGGCCACCCUCCCUUUGUCCCCGCGUCCCCAAGGCCACCUCGCGCGUCCCCUCAGAUGUACCCCCGCCUUUCGGCUGGAGCGGGACAACAGCCGGCCCCGAAUCCGGGGACAACUCGCCGCUGGUGUGGAUGGAAAUCCG